ACGAUCCGUUUAAGAAGCCGAUCCUUGCCUUUGAAAGCAGCCCAGCGCGUUUGACAGUUGUUUUGCCUGCCGAAAAACCCAUCAUGUCGGUGACGGUCGAGCUGUUCGAUCUUCCGGCGCAUCAGUUCCGGGUGUUUUGGGGAGCCACCGGGAGCAUGUGGCAGUCACUUUGGGAUCGCUUCCUGGACAUCACUGGUGACAACCCGCUUGUUCUUUGGACGCUUGGUUCCUACGUGUACACGUCGGUGAUCUACUGGAGCAUUGGUCUAGCGUACACCCUUCUGGAUGUGACAGGUCGUCCAACAUGGCUGCGCCGGUACAAGGUGCAACCGGGUACGAACGAACCGGUUGAUGGACGACGAUUACGUUCCGCCAUCCGGCAAGUCCUGCUCAACCAGAUCGGAACCGGGCUUCCGCUGCUCUUCCUAAUGUACUACCUGCUUCCGGCGGAGACGCGCGACAACGUCCGGCAACUACCGACGUUCGUGACCGUCUGCUGGCAGCUAGCCGUUUGCAUCCUUAUCGAGGAGGUGCUGUUCUACUACAGCCACCGAUUGCUCCACGAUGGCCGUCUUUACCGAUUCAUCCACAAACGGCACCAUGAGUGGACGGCUCCGAUCGCCAUUACCGCAAUGUACGCUCAUCCUAUCGAGAACAUCCUGAGCAACUUGCUACCGAUCGCUGUUGGUGUUUGGACCACAAGGUGUCACCUUUCGGUUGCUUGGCUUUGGUUCACGUUGGCCAUCUCGAACACGCUGCACGUCCAUUCCGGUUAUCAUCUACCGUUCCUACCCAGUCCGGAGCAACAUGAUUUUCACCAUCUGAAGUUCAACCAGUGCUACGGUGUGCUUGGUGUGCUCGAUUGGUUCCACGGGACGAACGAUCUCUUCCGCCGCUCAAAGCAGGCCCAACGAGAUUACAUACUAACGACGCUGGAACCGGUGCGGCAGACCCAUCCCGAUCAGUAACGGUUUAUCU